GACAGCAGAGCCAAAGGUACAGCAGCACAGUGCGUCGAGCGGAGAGAUGGAAGGAGAGCUGGCCGCCAGUGAGCGCGUACAAACCGGAGAGGAGAAGAUCAGAUGAAGAGGGAAUAAAAAAGAAAAAGAAAAACAUGUUUAAUCCUAAAUAAACAACAUCUUCAAAACCAAAACCAGGAUCCCCUCAGAGACACCAGCGUCAUGAAACCAGUCCUGCAUUGAGCCUCUCCUCUGUGGGUUGGCAUGGCCCAGUGAUGAACGGAGCGGUGGUGCCCGGUAGCCCGGAGCUCUCCUCCUCGUGCCCGCUGCCAGACUGGCGAGAGUUCUGUGAGCUCCAUGCUCGAGCCUCCGCUGCAGACUUCGCUGACAAGUUCCAGCGCUUCCUGUUGGAGAACCCGUGCUACGACUCGCCCGGCGCCGAUGUCAGCUUCUCACAACACUUCGCCCACCACUUCCUGGCGUGCUUCUCUGCAGCGCUGACCCAGGCCCGGGAGAGCCAGGCGUCCUCGCCGGGGGAGGACGGCUCCAGCGCAGCACCUAAGUACAGCAUUGUUCCUUUCCUGGGAAUCCAGGGCUGCCCGCUGUCCUACGGCCACGACUUUUACCAGAGACGAAAGGACGCCGGGGCUUCAAGUGAAUCCCUCGACAGCAUGGACAGCGGAGGGGGCGGGAUAGAUGGGGGAGGCAGUGGCACCCGAGGCCCCCAGCCAACCCACAAGGUGUCUGCUCUGGGACAGUCCCGCAGCUCAGAGGACGUGUCAGUCAAUCACCCAAAGGCUCGCUUCAAGAAGGGCUUCUCCCUGAGGAACAUGAGCCUCUGUGUGGUGGACGGGGUGAAGGAGAUGUGGCACAGACGGGCCUCCCCUGAACCCGAAGGUCCCUCUGGAGCCAGGAAGGCUAACGGGGGAGGGAAGUGGUCCCAAAAGCUACGGCUUCCCAGGGGCUCCCAGGGCCACAAGGCUGAGAUGCUGGAGAUCCAGAGGGAGGGAGCGCUGAGAUACAUGGUGGCUGAUGACACAAACUGUAUGGGUGCCGCACAGUGGCAGAAGUGCCGCCUGCUGCUGAGGAAGACGAAGAGGGAGGAGGGAGGCGAGAAGUUCCUGCUGGAGUUCUACGUUCCACCCAAGUCCUCGAAGCCCAAAGUGAGCAUCCCUCUGUCAGCCAUCGUGGAGGUGCGGACCACCAUGCCGCUGGAGAUGCCUGACAAGGACAACACUUUUGUUCUUAAGGUGGAAAACGGGGGAGAGUACAUCCUGGAAACCAUUGACUCGCUGCAGAAAAACUCCUGGGUUGCUGACAUCCAGGACUGCAUAGACCCCGGGGACAGCGGCGAUGACAUCGAGCUGGCGUCAUGUCCUCAUGGUCAGGCCUCCAAAGACUGCUCCAUGGUAGCCUCUUGCAGCUGUGAGCUUCUGUCUGAGGGUGUGUAUCGUGCCCCAGAGAGGCCGUGUCCUACAACAGCAGAGCAUUACAGCGCCCCGUCAGUCCGUUGCAGGGAACCCCCCUUCACCCAGCACCCAUCCCACAUGCCUUUAGAGCGCUUCCUCCAGUCCCCAGAGGCCCAGGGCUCCAACUCUUCUGCAGGUGGCAGUGAAGGAGCGAAAGAGUCAGAUGGCGAUGCCAGCCUGACGGGUUACCCAUGGUUCCAUGGUACCCUGUCCCGCGUGCGUGCGGCUCAGUUGGUGCUUGCAGGCGGGGCCAGGAGCCACGGGCUCUUUGUGAUUCGUCAGAGCGAGACACGGCCGGGCGAGUACGUCCUCACCUUCAACUUUCAGGGCAAAGCCAAGCAUUUGCGUUUGUCAGUGAAUGAGAACGGGCAGUGUCACGUCCACCACUUGUGGUUCCACACCGUGUCGGACAUGUUGAGACAUUUCCACGCCCACCCCAUUCCCCUCGAAUCAGGAGGCUCUGCUGACAUCACGUUACGCUCCUAUGUACAAGUGCAGCGAAGCUCCACCACAGAUGUGACUUCCGGUCUCCGGUCUCCGGUCCUCACCCCACCCAGGGAUGCAGGCUGCCGGACAGAUUCAGCCCAGCCAGCUCUCCACCCUCCUGGUAUCACCGCGCCUGCAGGGCCCCCUCCUGAUACCCCGCUCUCCUCAAGCACUUCCUCCUCACCCACCGCCCUUCCCUCCCUCUCCCGCAGUGACCCAGGUACUGGAGGAGGAGUAGGAGGAGGGUUGCAGAGCCGGAGCAACAGCUCUGAACGCCUGCUGGAGGCCUCUAGUGGUGCAUCCGACGACUACCACGACGCUGACGGGACUCGCAGGGCCCGGGCAGUGGAGAACCAGUACUCUUUCUACUGAACGGCCCAGGGCAUGGUUCAGUCAUGUAUUGGAGGUGACAUGGGAUGCUCUGCUGAUGUUGAAAACGGUCCAAAUCACUGGAUCGCCCAUCAUUUUGUUUGUUUGUUUUUGUUUCAAGGCAAUUUCCUGUUUCUGUGAAAGAAAGGUGAAGAAAGGUCAGAUCAUGGCGAGCAGCGCGUCCACGCUGACAAAUCCCUCAGGCUCUGCGGCUUCGUUUGAAACUCAGUUGUCAAGAAUGCCAGUGAACAGAAAAAAAGAAGGCCACAGGAAGUAAUCGAGAUGUUGAGAUUGAGCAGCGAAGAUGAGCGUGGGCGGAGAAAGCAAGAGGAAGUCACCCGGUGGAGUCAUAUAGCUCUGAUUCAUCUCUUCUGACCAUUUCCUGUUCACCCUUAGCCACAGUUCCCUGGGAGCAGAGCCCGUGUCACCACCCCACUGAAGGAUUGAGAGUUUGAAAUGACCCUGAAGAAACAGUCCCUCCCCUCCGAGCUUCUCCGAGCUCCCGAGAGCAUCUCUAUUAAUGUUUAUAAAGCUGCUUUGAGUCUGUCCCGGAUAUCCUCAGUGUCCCUGCAGGGUUUCCCUACAAAGUCCUGCUCUGGGUCUCUGCUCGACUCUUAACAUCAGCAAUCAUGGGUGUGUUAGUGUUAGCUCUGAGAUGUUUUUCUUAAACAUGUACAGCCUAAAGGGUCUUAGUGCCUGACAAUUACCUUGGACUUGAACGGACUGUCAGUGAUAGAUAGUGACAAGGAAGAUGGUGUCGACAUCUUGCAUAAUCACAAAAGCCCAAAAACGUUACGCAGGUGAUUAUUUCACUGUCAGUUUCUGCUUAAAACACACUGAACGUGCAUAUCGCAGCAUAUUAAAAUGGUUUUCUUCUCACAGUUUUUUCAAUGGCUGCAACACACACACACACACACAUGCACGCACACACACACAGCCAUAUGCUGUGUUACAGAUCAGUUGAAAUGGAAGAUGAACACAUGUUCAGUCUGUAUGAAUAUGGCAGGGUGGCUCCCAUUUUGCUGUCAUACCGGGUUAUUUCUAUGAGGAUGGUGGUGUAUUAGAGUCCAAAUAUUUUUCAAUGAUUGGUGUGCUACAGUAGUGUUUCUAAAACAUGGUUUCAAGGUCCCUCCGUCUGGUGCUGGUUCUGUAUUCAAGCUUAUCAUAUCAAUAACCUGUAGAUUAGAUAUGUUGUUAAUAUAGGAGUUCACUUUGAAGUAAUGCUUUAAAGAUAUUAUUAUACCAAAUCCAGCAUUUAGGCUAUAGGAGGGACUGGGGACUUGUUUUUCUAGAAAGGUAGCAGUGUUGCAUACUGUUUGUGCGGCCUGGUGUGGACUGACAGUAAGGUGAAGGGCACUAAAUGGCCAUGCUUGAAUGGGAAGAUGGGACAUUGCUGCUUUAAUUUAUGCUGAGAGAGAGAGAGAGAGAGAGAGAGAGAGAGAGAGCUUUUUAAGUUAAAAAGAAAACCUAAAUUUCACACUACAAAAUAUUUGUUACUGUGAGUAUUGACAUUCAUUAUAACACAAAAUAUCACUUAAAAUAUACUCUUAAAGGGAAAGUUUGACAUAUUAGGAAAUACACUAUUUGCUUCCUUGCCAAGUUACAUGAAUUGAUACCACUCACAUGAAAGUGGUAUCAAUCCUCUCAUCAAUGUCACAAGUGUACUUCCCAAAAUGUCUGCUUCAACACACCUGAAAACAGAAAAACAAAAAGCAGGCACCUUUCAGCUACUGCAUUUCAAACAUAUGCAGCACUUUUGUUCAGUUGGAAUAAACAUAUCAAAAGUCAACGUCUGUCUUUUCAAGCACGGCCAUUUAUCUUCAAAGGUGAAAUUUCAGUCGAGGAGCGGGCGGAGCAGUUCAUGUGCCAAUUUGAAUCCUAUUUUUGAAACAUAUUUAUUCCUCAGCCGUUGUAAAUUACAUUUUUCCUAUCGAGUCUUAUUUAUGUACAAUUAAUUGAUUCUUCUCAACGAAACGCCCUCAGUGGAACCGGUCUGUUGAUAGAGCCUAUCUCACAUAUCACAGAUUGCUCAUGCCUCCCUUUUAUUUUCUUAACACUUCUUAAAGCUACAUUUUCUGUUGUCUGACUGAGUUUUGAAGAGUCUGUGCAAUUUUGUACAAAGUGAUGUACUUGACAUACUACUUUAUAUUUCUGUGAAUAAAAUGUGAACAAACUA